GCAAAAGUACUAUUUUACCCAAAAACUCGAUAGAAAUUCAAAACAGAGUUGAAAAGGUUCGAAUCAUCUACAGAUCAGUAACCAUAAAUACAUUGCACCUAUUUUUCUUUUUUUAAAGGGAAUUUACAGAAGGUCGGAAAAGAAAAUCUGCGAAAAUGAGAUCAGAUUUCUUAUCCUUUCUUCUUGUUCUUGGUUUGGUCUGGAACAGCUUGGUGCUGUUCUGUAAUGGAGGCAUCACCAGUAAGUUUGUCAGGAAAGUGGAGAAGUCCAUUGAUAUGCCUCUUCAUAGCGAUGUGUUUCGCGUUCCUCCUGGUCAUAAUGCUCCUCAACAGGUGCAUAUAACACAAGGAGAUGUAGAAGGGAAGGCAGUGAUAGUGUCUUGGGUGACACAAGAAGCACCAGGAUCCAACACAGUCCAUUACUGGAAAGAGCAUAGCUCCACAAAGCACAAAGCCCAUGGCAAAACCAACACUUACAAGUUCUACAAUUAUACUUCUGGUUACAUCCAUCAUUGCACCAUCAGAAACUUGGAGUAUGACUCCAAAUACUAUUAUGUGGUAGGUGUGGGACAAACAGAGCGCAAGUUUUGGUUCUUCACUCCUCCUAAAGUCGGUCCUGACGUUCCCUACACGUUUGGUCUCAUUGGGGAUCUUGGACAGACUUUUGACUCAAACAUAACCUUAACACAUUAUGAGAAGAGCCCUAAAAAAGGGCAAGCAGUUUUGUUCGUUGGUGAUCUCUCAUAUGCUGAUAAUUAUCCAAAUCAUGACAAUAAUAGAUGGGACAGUUGGGGAAGAUUUGCCGAAAGAAGUACAGCUUAUCAGCCUUGGAUUUGGACUACAGGAAACCAUGAACUAGAUUUUGCUCCCGAGAUUGGAGAAAACAAACCGUUUAAGCCAUUCACGCAUAGGUACCGUACUCCUUACCGAGCUUCAGGCAGCACAGAACCAUUCUGGUACUCGAUAAAGAGAGGACCAGCUUACAUAAUCGUGCUAUCUUCAUAUUCAGCAUAUGGUAAAUACACACCGCAAUACACGUGGCUCGAAGAGGAGUUCCCAAAGGUUAACAGAACAGAAACGCCAUGGUUGAUUGUUCUGAACCAUUCACCUUGGUACAACAGCUACGAUUACCAUUACAUGGAAGGUGAAUCUAUGAGAGUAAUGUAUGAGCCGUGGUUCGUCAAGAACAAAGUAGAUGUGGUUUUUUCAGGCCAUGUCCACGCCUACGAAAGAUCAGAACGCGUAUCAAACAUAGCAUACACCGUGGUUAACGGCAUUUGCAGUCCAGUAAAAGAUCAAUCUGCUCCCGUCUAUAUCACAAUUGGUGAUGGAGGAAAUAUUGAAGGCUUGGCUACCAAAAUGACUGAGCCUCAGCCUAAGUACUCUGCCUACAGAGAAGCUAGCUUUGGACAUGCUAUAUUAUCGAUAAAGAACAGGACGCAUGCUCACUAUGGAUGGCACAGGAACCAGGAUGGUUACGCCGUGGAGGCUGACACCAUGUGGUUUUACAAUAGGUUCUGGCAUCCUGUUGAUGAUUCACCUUCUUUUGAUUCCUGAGAACUUCAGAAUCUGAUUUGUGUUGUUGUAUGCAUCAUUUAUGGUUGAAUAACGAUGAAUAAACGCAAUGUUGGUGAUUUCUUGUUCCUGUCAUUGUGUAAGGGCAAAACAAAAUUGUAACGAUGAAUAAACACAACUAUGGUAAUUUAAAUAAAUUUUUAAAAA